CCAAACCACCCUGAUUCCCCUCCGUGCGCAGUAAUUGCUGUUUGGGUCUAUCCCGUGUCACCCGCAGCCGUGUCCUCCCCGAGAGAAGCAGUGAACCCUAGUUGACUCAGUCUCUCAGCUCCACCGGUCCCAGGCUGGUGCGUCCCGUUGCGCACAGCUCAGCACAGUUUCCCAGCACUGCACACUUCACAGGCGCUCUCCGGAUUCCCCAAAACACCUCAGGACUGCUCGUGGGAAAGAUUGCUACAACUUUACGUGUCAGUAUGUUUCAUGUCUGGAUGACAGAGGAUCGGUGACAAGAAGACUCGGGGGAGUUCAGGUACAGCAGGAAGAAGGACGAGUCUUGGCUCCCCCCCCACCCCACCCCACCCCAUCCUACCCGAGCACUUUGCGCAAGGUGAAAUAGCAGAGGCUUCUGUUGUGGUUGAUUGAUCGGACGCCUGCAUUACAUGGAUUUCUUCCCCAGCUCUCACUUGUGAUGUUACCUAUUACUCUCUGAGCUCUUGUUAGUUGCUCUCCGCUUCACUUCCCUCCCAAACUUCAGUCAGUGGAUCAUUUUCAGAGCGACAGGAUGGGAUCGCAGACCGGGGCAGCUCUGCAGAAACAUUCGCUCCUGUGGUUCAUUGUAGCAGUGUCUCAGUGUGUGUCAGUAUUGGGGUGUGGACCCCACUACGAAUAUCGCAUUGAGGAGUUCUGCCUGGCCAAAUUCAGACUGGACAUGCAAGAGCUGGACCAGAGACACUGGUGUAGCUGGGAGGACACAGUCGAACUAUACGGCGAGCUGACAAACUGCACGUACCUGGUGGCGCUGAAGAUGGAGUGCUUCUGGCCCAACAGGCUGGUGGAUGAGUUCUUCAUCCGAAUCCACAAGCACUACUUCCACGACUGCUCAAUGUCUGGACGGCUUCUCAGGGACCCACCCAACCGCAUCCUGGGUCCCUUCAUUGUUGUGCCCAUCCUGGUCACCCUCCUCAUGACAGCCCUGGUAGUGUGGAGGAGCAAACGCAGCGAGGGGAUUGUGUAGUGAAUGGGAAGGAGAGGUCACAAGACUCAAGAUAAGAGAUACUUGUCCCUAAGGUUGCAUCAUAUUCACCCUCAGUGACCAAAGGAUCUCUUUUCCUGAGUGUUUGGGUUCUAAUAAGACCACAAUCAUGUCAUUAUUCGUUCUUGAAGAGUAGCUGAAUGAAAUGAGAUCCUACUUCAGUAAUGUUUGAAUGCACAUCAAUAUGAAGCUUUUGCAGCUCCCAUCUGCUGUUACACCAACAUGGAUUGAAAUCAUUUAUAUGGUUUACAGCGCAAAGAGGGGGCAGAACUGCUCACCUUUAACUGGUGUGGACCAGGAUAGUGACUGAUGGAAAGAUACUGUAAAUAUUUUUAAAAAUCACUUUUAUUGAGAGAACCUGCUUCAACGACUUUUGGAUGUGAUGAUAAUGCUAGUAAGUACACGUAAAGGAAUUUAACAACAAUUUUUUGAGACUACAUAACAUGGCAACACAGGAAUGAAAUGCAGUGCUGAACUUGGCCUGUUUUACGCAAUGGCUAGGAUACGACAAGUCAGUUACUCCAAUCUCUGUUAGGGAACCCAGGUAUAUCAGAUUUUAUGUACAUAUACUGUAAAUAUACACAGUAUGUACAAUAUGAGAUUAAUUGGUCAGUGAUUGUAAGGAUGUCUUUCUAACACAAUCAAGACAACAAAACAUUGUACACUAAAUUAAUUUCCUCAGAUGCAUUUUGUGUUCCAUGUGAUGCAGAGAUACCUGAUUUUAACAGAUGUGUAUUAUAUUUGAAAUAUACUCUCUGAAUCAUGCAGAUGGCUUAUCGUCACAUUGUCAAGGUAUAGUGGGAGUAGAAUGUGUCUGUUUUUAGUUUUCAUAUCCUUUCCUCUGCUCAUAUCAGACACUCUGGCUUCAGGUCCUUAAUGUCUUGGCAUACCAAGAGCUCAGUCUUUGAAUGGGAAGCAAAGACAUGUUUCCAUAGCAUAAUGCACACUGAACCAGCAGGAAAAAAGCAGGAGGUAAUGAUGUGACAAACUAAAGAUUGGCUUCCUUUGGACUACAGGAGAUUGAGAAAUCACACAACACAGUGGACGGUCACUACGCAGGGGUUGAGACCCCAAUUUGGACAGGCUGUGGUGAUGUGAUGUUCUGCAGCUUCCAUCCUCCAUCACCAAGGAAACUAAAAGGAAGAAAUGCUGGAGACACACAGGUGGAAGUGGUUGAGAGUGAAGACUCUGAAGGCCAACAUACAAAGAAAGAAGUUUGGAGACUGCAGACAGUUAAUUAACCAAAAAUUCUUACAUUCUGUCUGAUUUUUCUGCAUGCAUGUUGUUUACCAUACAGAAAGACACAAUAUCAUCAAUUACCAUAUUGAUUUCAGCUAAAUGAGGCAGUUAUCUGAACAUGUGGAAAGAAAAAGAGAACAAAGAGUAGAAAAUUCACAGCGGAAAAAAUCACAAGUCUAACUACAGAGAGAACAUAAAGCAAUGGAUUAGCCAACGCACAUCUCUGCUGAACAUUACCAUAGCCUAAAGCACAGUUUGUGUAUCACGGACCUUAGGUUUUCAUUGAUUUAUGAUCUCCCACUGUGGUAGAGUGUGCUGUGUGAACUGUUUCCUCAUUGAUAUUUUUGAAUGCUCUCUUUCCUUUAUAGAUUCAUUGACCUGUAACCUGCCUGUCAGUAAAACACAUUUUAAAACACACCCACACUUCCUCAACAUGAUCUUACUUUGUGCUUUGUGCCAAACGCUCUUGGAAAUCAGACAGAACAUUUGCUAUGAAAUGUAUAAUUUUCUGUUGCCGUGACUUCUGAUGAUUGAAUUUUAAAAUCUAUGAUCAUGAAAAAAGUUCAAUAAAAUGUCUUUAUUAAUGUGUCUGAUA